CAGAAGGAGUGGACAGAUAUUGCCCAUCUCCGAACUCAAUCUAAGUUUGACAAAAAUGUUACGAUGUCUCAAGUUUGGACCAAAUCGGACACUCCUUUCGAGAGUUAUCGUGCGCACCAGCCAGCCAGACAGACAGAUGUCAACCUCGAUGAUUUCUAUCGCUAAGAUUUUAGCCCGAAAUAUACAACAAGACUGCAAGAUAAUGGCGAAAAGAUAUCCAAAUUUAAAAAAUCCCCAUUUAAAAACCAUGAAAUCGGACUUUUUAUAUCACAUCAAUGUCAAUGUGGCCGAUACUGACAAUCCAACGGAAAUACGAGAAAAAUUCGGAGAUGUGAAGGUUGUUUGUAUGGGUGGCACCAAAAAUCGUAUGCUGGCCUUGGCCGAACACGUGCGGACGCUUCUGGGACUCGACGAUAAACAAGAAUUGGUUGAUAUUGCCGAAGCUGGAAAUCGUUAUGCCAUUUACAAGGUUGGUCCCGUUCUCUGCUGUUCCCAUGGUGUGGGCAUGAGCACUAUGAGUGUUGUUCUGCAUGAAUUGCUAAAACUAGUACACUAUGCCCAAUGUGAUGACCCGGUCUUUAUACGUUUGGGCACCAGUGGUGGCGUCGGUGUGGCACCCGGUACAGUUGUGGUCACCAAAGAAGCCUAUAAUGGCUAUUUGCGCAAUGAACACGAGAUUGCAAUUCUGGGUAAAAAGGUUUUACGUCCAGCCAUAUUCGAUGAACAAGUCGCCAAAGACCUGAUGACAUGUUCCAGUUAUCAACGUGACUAUGAAAUCGUUUGGGGUAAUACCAUGGCAGCGGAAUGUUUUUAUGAAGGUCAAGGUCGUUUGGACGGAGCCAGUUGCGAUUACACGGAAGCCGAUAAAAUGGCCUUCCUACAACGCGCCUUCGAAAAUGGAAUACGAAAUAUUGAAAUGGAAGCGACAAUGUUCUCGGCCCUUACCCGCCAUGUGGGUGUUAAGGCGGCCGAUGUAUGCGUAACGCUGCUCAAUCGCCUCAACGGAGACCAGGUGCUUUUGACCAAAGAACAAAAGGAGGACUUUGAGCAUCGACCCUUUGCCAUCGUUGGUGAAUAUAUUAAAAAGGCAGUGAAGCCAAGUAAAUGAGAAGUGAUCUUAAAAUAAAUGUUUUUAUGUGCGUUAUUGAGUAUCAUUUAAUGAUGAAAUUGUAAAAUUAUGAACCAUGAAUAAAUUGUAAUUUUAUCGUAUAA